AUGACCGCCCCAGCGUCCACUCAAGCAGCAACUCUGCGGCGUUUCAUCUCCGCCUGGGAGAAAUGGGACGCCCAGGAAUGGAUCUCCACCUUCUCCGACGAUUUUCAACAAGUCACCCUCCCCCACAGUCUGAACAUCCCCGCUCGUUCACGCAAGGAAGUGGAGGUCGUUCUGCCUGCUCUUGUCGCAAGCGUGAAGUCAUACCAGCUGCACAUCCACCACGUCAUUCAUGAUCCGGAACACAACAAGGCGGUGGUGUACGCUGCGUCUACGGGAAAACUGCCGUGGGGAGACUGGAACCUCGAGUAUGCGGCUUUUCUGACGUUCACCGAAGACGGAGGAAAGGUUGCGAGACUCGAGGAGAUGCUCGAUACCGCGUUCUUGCAAGAUUUUGGGCCGAAGUUCGGGAAGUACCUACAGGAGAAUGGGGGGCCGGUGGCUGUUGCUGCUGGGGGGAAGUAAGACUCGGGUUCGAACAUUUGGC